AUGCCUCGGGGCCAGAAGAGUAAGCUCCGUGCCCGUGAGAAACGCCACCAGGCCCGAGGUGAGCCCCAGGGCCUUGGGGGUACUCAAGCCACUGCAGCAAAUGUUGAAGAGUCCCCCAACUCUCCUGUUUCUGGGGAUACUCCCCCAAGUUCCCCUGCUGCUGGCGCUUCCCAGGAGCCUCAGGGAUCCCCAGCCACUAGCUCUCCUGCUGCAGGUGUCUCAUGCCAGAGAUCUAAUGUAGGUGCCAAGAGCCAAGUUCGGAAAAAUAAAAAUUCCUCUCAGGCCUCAACUUCCCCUGAGAGUACUCACAACGAUCUUCUAACCAGGAAGGUGGGGAUGUUGAUGCAGUUCCUGCUAGAAAAGCAUAAAAUGAGGGCACCCAUUUUGAAGGCAGACAUGCUGAAGAUCAUCAACAAAAGGUACAGGGAGGACUUUCCUGACAUCCUCCGGAAAGCCUCCGAGCGCAUGGAGCUGGUCUUUGGCCUAGAAUUAAAGGAAGUCAAGCCAGGCGGUCACUCCUAUAUCCUGGUCAGCAGCCUAGACCUCACCAGUGAUGGCAGUGUGAGCAGCGCCGGGGGUUUUCCUGAGAAUGGGCUUCUCAUGCCUCUCCUCGGUGUGAUCUUCUUGAGUGGCAACCGCACCUCUGAGGAAGAUAUCUGGGAAUUCCUGAAUGUUUUGGGUAUCUAUGAUGGAAGGAGGCAUUUAGUCUUUGGGGAGCCCAGGAAGCUCAUCACCCAAGAUUUGGUGCAGGAAAAGUACCUGGAAUACCGCCAGGUGGCCAACAGUGAUCCUCCACGCUACGAGUUCCUGUGGGGCCCCAGGGCCCACGCUGAGACCAGCAAGAUGAAAGUCCUAGAGUUUCUGGCCAAGAUCUAUGAUACCGUCCCCAGUGCCUUCCCAUUCCAUUAUGAAGAGGCUCUGCGAGAUGAGGAAGAGCGAGCCCGAGCCCGAGCCGCAGCUGGGGCUGCCUCUACUACCAAGGCCGGUGCACGUUCCCGGGCCAAGUCCAGCCGCUCCUCUCGUCCCUAG